UGUCCGUCACGGCCUCCCUAGCCUGGCUCCCGCGGCUGUCAGGGGUAGAGGAGGGGAGGGAAUGGUGUAGCAGGGAAGAAACCGUGAAAGCUCCCCAGGGGAAUGUAAAAGUUUAAGGCUGAGGUCUACGAUCAGCCGCGCACGCGAGCCACAAGACUUAACACAUCCCCUUGUUUCUCAUGGAAGCAGAUGGAUUUGUGAGGAGGCGUCGGAUGACAGCGGAGACUACAGGCAAUGAUCCCGGGGUUGCAGGAGCCUCUGCCGGGGCAGAAGUUCGAUGGCUGGGGGGCAGAUUUUGGGGAGUUUCGGAAAGUAUUGUGGCAAGCCUGACACCCCGGAUCGGAGGGGAAACCGAACUACAGACUGUUGAUUUACUCCGCAGUGCCCAAGAUGCACAAUCAGAGGACUGUGAACCGGACUAUGAGGGUUUGCCACAGGGAGCCUCCACUAGCACCCACAUGUUGGCUGGAGCUGUGGCCGGGAUCAUGGAGCACUGCCUCAUGUUCCCCAUCGACUGUGUUAAGACACGAAUGCAGAGUCUCCAGCCCGACCCCGCGGCCCGUUACAGGAAUGUGAUGGAUGCUCUUCGCCGGAUUGUAGCCACAGAGGGAAUCUGGCGGCCAUUGAGAGGCCUGAAUGCAACAGCCAUUGGGGCAGGACCUGCCCAUGCCCUCUAUUUUGCCAGCUAUGAGAAAAUCAAAAAGACUCUAAGUGAUGUGAUUCAUCCAGGGGCUAACAGCCAUUUGGCUAAUGGAGCAGCUGGGUGUGUGGCCACACUGCUUCACGAUGCAGCCAUGAACCCAGCUGAAGUUGUGAAGCAGCGAAUGCAGAUGUAUAACUCGCCCUAUCGUGGCGUGUUGGACUGUGUACGUGCAGUGUGGCAGAAAGAGGGCCCUUCUGCAUUCUACCGCAGCUACACCACCCAGCUCACCAUGAACGUGCCCUUCCAGGCUCUCCACUUCAUGACCUACGAGUACCUUCAGGAGCUGUUAAACCCACACAGACAGUACAAUCCCUCAUCGCACAUGUUGUCCGGGGCUUUGGCCGGAGCGAUUGCAGCCGCGGCCACCACACCUCUGGAUGUCUGCAAGACCCUGCUCAACACCCAGGAGUCUCUCACUCUCAGCUCCCUGUCUUCUGGUCAAGGAGCCCACAGACAUAUCUCAGGCCUGGCCCAUGCCUUCCGGACAGUAUACAGGCUGGGCGGCCUGCGGGGCUUCUUCAAGGGAGUCCAAGCGAGGGUCAUCUACCAGAUGCCCUCAACAGCCAUCAGCUGGUCAGUCUAUGAGUUCUUCAAGUAUGGACUCACCAAGCACCAGCACAGCAAGAGGAGAACACAAAAAAUGGAGGCUGAGAUGUAGGUGUCUUCUUAGUUUAAUCCACUCUCGGCUCUUCCUGCGAAAUUAAUGUGCACAUAGUAUCUGACUAAAAUCCACUUCAGCUGUCCCAAUCCCUGUCAGACAUGGCAGAUAAGAAAGAUGUCCUCGAAGGCAGUUUGAGUAGAUAUAUUUCUUUACCAUUCAAGAAUAGAUAUGGUUUAAGUCAUAGGACAACACAUUGAUGCAGCAUUAUAGAACUAGUUGACCUCCGUUUUUUUCAAGCUGAAGCUGUAAGAAGUUUUAAGCUGUAAAAGUAGCCAGCAGAGGGCAGUAGUGUUACUUUGUUAACUAUUGUAGUUUUGUAGCUUUACUGUCCCAGGACCAGAUUUUUAUUUUUUCCCAUCCAAAGUUUGAGUUUGCAAAUAGCUGACUCCUUAUCCAGAUCCCUCAUGACAGAUGGAGCAUUCAGUCCUUAAUUUGGUAUCUUUAAGGAAUCAACUUGAAUAGAGAAUAUCUACAUUUAUUUCCUGAAAUGUGUCACUGUCCAGAAAUCUUUAGACAAAAAAUCAAACUUGGUCAACACCGCAACUCAAGUUGAGAGAAAGUCUAGUUUUUUUGGUUUUAUAUAUAAUUAAACUUGAAACAUUGACGACUUCAGAUUAAGAAAGAACAUCUUAGUUUAAACUGAUUGAGGCUUCCCUUUUGCUUUGCAGGCAAAGUAAAUAAAUAUGAUUAACCUACUUUUUGUUUUUCAAAUGCCCAUGUUUAAGACAGUUAUCUAUGAUGUAAUAAGGCAGAAAACUACCAAUUUUUAGAUACUCCCAGGUAUCUGAGUUAAGUGUUUAAUUAAUUUUUCUUGAUUUUGAUUCCUUAAAUCAUAUUUUAUGUCCAUAAAAUGUUACUUUUUCCCUACUUCUGUGAUUAGUCACAGUUAACCCCUUUGGCACAGGAGACAAGGACAGCUUAAAAAAAAAAACAAAAACAAAAAACAGGCCUUUGUGUGCAUCAGCUGUCACUAACAGUCUGUUUUCAGCUUGUAAACAACAGAGUUUCAUUGUUUGCAUUCAACAGCAAAGGCUGUGUAUAUUAUACUGUAUCCAAAAGACUCUCAAGAGCCUACUUCUGCAUCUGUACCCACACUUAAAUGGAAGCUGUCAUUCUUAUAGAUUGAUGUCUGAUUGUUUCUGGCACUGAAUUGCACUUGUGAAAUAAAGACCCAGCAGAAGGGCUCUAUUCACUGCUAUUAAAAGGUGGAGAGCCCAACUUUC